CGAUGCGUCUCUCCCAUACCUCAACUGACUGCACAGCACAGUCUGCAGCAGCAUAGGAUGUAAUCAAUCCCACAUGUUUCAUCUCUGCGACUCGGGGAUUUUCACGUUGAAUAUUUUUGUACUUUUUCUUUCGUUGUAACCGACUCGCCACGAAAAUGGAUGUAACUUACCAGACAUGACGGGGACGCAGUUUCCACCCUGCAAAGACACAACUCCGCUCAAUGCGAGGGGAGCCCGAAGUUCAUAAAAGGGAUUAUUUGCAUCUGGGUGCCUGAGACCUUCGGUGCCUCCGGAUUUUACUUCGGAUUUGGGAUUUUAUCGGCUCGCAACGGGAUGGAAAGCCGAGAUUUCGCUCCUCCGCACCACCUCCUGACGGAGCGGAGCGCGCUGGUUCACAGCGCCGCGUCUCGGAUGGCGCCAGGCGGCCACGGCUCCGUGCAGCACCCCGCUCACUUCCAGCCAGGGAAAUACUACUCGUCCCACCUCUCCAUGGGUCCGCACUCAGGUGCUUCCUUCAUGGGUUCCUUCCUGGCCAGCAGUCUGGGGUCGCCGCCCUCCCACCCUCCUCACCCCUCGGGACCCGCUGCCUCCCCCUCCUCCCCCUCCUACAGGCAUGGACCCCAUUCGAGCGCUUCCCCUAUCUGGUUCCCUCAUUCACAUGAAGGGUACCCCAGCUAUUCAGGAAGUCUUGCUUCUCCUUUUCUCCCCAUGAGUCCCCUGGAUCACCAUAGCAACAGUCUCUAUGGACAGCACCGCUUCUAUGAAACUCAAAAAGAUCACUUCUACCUGAGAGGCCUUCCUCCCCAGCCCCCUCUGCUCUCCACCAGUCACAGCCUUCCUCCGCUGUCCCGGACUGCCCCCGGCCACUCACUCGGUUCUUGCAGCCGAGAGACGGACAACGGGGGAGGCGGUGGGAAGAGCACCAAGGACGUGGGUGAGAGAGGAGUUUCGUCUGUGUCAAAGGCAAAGGAGCGAUCAAGCAGCAAGGAGCGACACCAGGAGAGCAAAGAAAAACAACAUCAGCUUCAUCAUCACCAUCCUCAUCAGACAAACCCUGCCACCAGUCCUUCUGGCCACCACCACCAAGCUUACCCCCACCCUCACCAUGCCCUCCUUCCCCACCUCACACCACACGGCAGGGAGGAGGACCACAGGCACUCUCUGGAGCGACACAAGGAGUACAGAGACAGUGACUCAGCCAGUCAGGAGACGAAACAUAUGAGUGCCUGUAAACUGUCCGGCGGUUCGAUAGCAGAGACUGGCUCCGGAGGAAAAGGGGGAGCACUGAGCAGCUGCAAUGGUGGUGGGGUUGGUCGACCUCCAUCUGGUGGAGGCAGGCGGUGCGCCAAGGAUGGACCCAUAAACGGGGAAAUGAGGAUCAGUGAAUCUUCAGCGUCUUCCAAUGAAUGUAUGAGACGAGGUGCGGCUAACACGUCAGCCAUCUUGGCACCUCCUAACCCCCACACUGUGGCCUCCUACUCCAUGCCUCCACCUCCCCCUCCGCCUCCUCAUGCUUUGCACAUGGGCGCCACAGUGGCAGCAGGGUGGCUACAUCCCGCACAUCACCAUCCUCAUCCUGAGUUCUACUGUUCCCCAGCCCCUCUCACACUGACACCCUCCAAAGAUUCAGCAUCCACCCCUGGAGGGUCUGGCAGGGAGGCGAGAGUAACUUACGUGCCCUCAGUUGGGACCCUAGGAGACCUGGCGGCCACCGACUGUCGCGGAGCAGGUGGAGGUGGGAGAAAGUCAGAUGACAGAAGUGGAGAAGGAUCUUAUGAAAGUCCCUCUCAUCACCACAUCCGACUUAGUGUUUGCCAAAAGAAGGACAAAUCGCAGCCACACCAGCAGCAGCUGGGAUACGGCAAAGCUGACAAACCUCCUGACUGGAGCCACCAGACGCAGCACUUCCACAAACCCAGCUCCAACGCGAGCUCUCAGUCUGAGCUGCGGUCCUGCAGCCUGGACAGAUCUUCAUCCUUCAGAGAUGUAGAGGUUGUGGACGAUGUUUACCGGCCUUCACUCCCACUGGAGGCCCAGGGGACACAACUUGGUGCUGGACAGGGCACACCCAAGAAUGGCCCAGACACCAGCACUCCUCCCUUCAGGGACUGUUCCCACUCAGGACCUCAUCCUGAUGGGAGGGUGGGGUCAGGGGCAACAUCUCAGAGGGAGGGACAAAAGGUUGCAAGGAUACGGCACCAGCAGCACAGCAGCCAUGGAGCAAAUACAGAAGAGAGAGGAAGAGACAGAGGUCAGACAGCGCCUUCCUGGGGGGCUCGAGGGGGCUACCAAGAGGACCAGAGAAAAAGCUCCCACCAAGCACCAGUUGGUACUGGUGAAGUAAGAGGGCUCAGCAUCAGAGCUCCAAACAGUGACCACAACCAGCCCCCUUCUCAACCCCCUCCACCUCUUUCUCGCUCCUCGUCGCACACCGCUGAGGGUGAGGGCAGUGCUAUGAAGAAUCUAAUGAACUACAGCUCCCAGCAACCUUUGCUGCUGCCACAGCGGGGCCCCUUUGGGGGUCUGGGUGGCCUCAAGCAGGGUGGAGAGAGAUCAGAGAAAGGGGAACGCGGAGGAGCUAAAAGCAACUCUUCGCUGCAAGAGCCUCCCAAACAAUCGCUCCUUCCUCGCCGAGGCUCCACUAACGAGGGAGAGAGGGGGGACAGAGGUGGGAAGGAGGCCGGGGAGGCAGGUGAGGGGGAGGUGCGACAGCCUCCAGUGGGUAUUGCGGUUGCGGUAGCCAGGCCCCCCCAUCGUUCCCCAGACAACACCCCUGGACACAGCAGACAGGGCAGGGUGCUGCCCAGCAUGAAAGGAGUGUCACGCCACGUGUAUACUCUUGGCCGGGAGGCAGAGGAGAGGAAGAGGAUGACCGAGGAACAGAUCAGCCUUCAUCACCUGGACAGAGAAAGAGAAAUGAUCAUCAGGGAAAACAAGGAACGCGUGGAGUUUGCCAGGAUCCACCCAUCUAGUAGUUGCCACGGUGACCUGACCUCACACCUCUUGGUUCCCGGAGGGGCCAGUAGGCUAGGGGUGGACCCUGCUGCACAUGCUCACCCGGCUCACCACCACUGGAUGCAAAGGACAGGAAGUCCCUCCCUCUGGAUGGGGCAUUCAUACAGUCUGAGCCACGUAGGAAUGAGCCCCGGCUUCCCACCAGGUCUACCCAGCCCUCUGCAGCCUGUCUUGGGGUCGCUCACCCAAGACCCCAACUCCCCGCUGGUGGUUCUUCCAACAGAACCCGGGCCUCAUCAUCACCUCGACGUUCUGGAGCAGUCAGGUCUGUGGCCCCCUGUGUACGGAGGCAGAGGCCCCCCAUCUCAUCUGCAGCAUCACCCCGUCUACUCCCGCUCCUCAUUCCUACGGCAACAGGAGCUGUACGCCCUGCAGCAUCAGCACCAGCAGCAGCAGCAGCGAGCCAUGGAGCACAUGCAGCGCCACUCCUUAGGACAGAGAAAACACGAUGAGCAUGCUAUCACCAUAGAGGACUCUUCUCAUGAAUCUUCCGCAUCCGGAACUCCCCCCUGUUCAUCUUCUUCUUCGUUCACCACCUCCUCUCACAUGGCCAAACCUUUCUCACACGCCCUGCCUUCACCCAAGACGCCAACGCCGUCACCGGGGAUGUGUCCCAGCAGCCGCCAGUCGCCCUGCUUCCACUCCCCGUCCAGGCGACCUCACCCGCCAAACCCUCUGACCCCAGCGCCAAGCCCGGCAGCGGCCGCACCCCGCUCCCCGGCACUCAGCCCUGCUCCGUCCCACCUCUCUAAGGGGCUGGAGAGGGGCAAUGAAAGAGGAGAGGGACAACCACCUCAGGACUACCCACAAUCCCUAGAGCCAGACCUACCACCUGUUUACACCUACCCUUCAAUCUCCAUGGGUUUUAAGGCCGGGUCCUCACCUCCUGAAGCUCGAUUGGCUGAACAAGCUGUGGUGGAGGCGGAGCCGGCGGAGCCUGACUCCAAGACACUCCCACUUCCUUGCCACACCACAGAAGAAGAAGAGACGAGGGAAGAAGAGGAUGGGGGAGACUGUGAAGUGGUAGAAUCCCAGAUCGGAGUUGCAGAAGAAGAGAAGGAAGAAAGGUGGGUGGAAGAGAAAGGAUGCUACAAGCCCGAGAGCAACAUUUCGGGAUUGGCGCCAUGCCCUUCCCCAGCUUCAAUUCCAGAGCCAGCAUGCCCGUCCACAGCCACAGGAAACGCCCUAAUAGUAGAGCUUUCUCUGGGUUGCCCGGGCCAGAAGGUCAACCUGGAGGAGCCCCAACUCACCAAAGAACAGGAGGAUGAUGAGGAACAUGGAAAAGAGGACAUGGAGGAGGAUGAGGGAGAGACAAUUGGGCCUGAACCAACAGAAUGUACUGUCUCUGUGUGUGGAGAGGAGGCGGAGGAGGAGGAAGUGGAGAACGAUGGGGAAAAAAAAGUAGUGAAUGUAGAGGUGGUUGAGGAUGAGGAGGAAGAGAAGGGGAGUGGGAUGAGUCCAGGUGAGGACUUGGUGGAACUAAAGUGCAACUCACCAGCUCCCUCUUCGUUCUCUGACCUCGUCCAACCUCCCGCGGCAAGCACUCCGGCCCAAGAGGCCUACAUGUGGAGCCUGGAGCUCCUGAUCGCCGCGGCUCUGUGCGCCACCAGAGAUGCCUUGUACCCACCAGCACCUGCUGUCCGGGCCCCGAGCCCUCCACCACACCACGGAAUGGAGAUACUGGGAGAACUUGCCGAGCUGGAGAUCCAGCAGAGGAGCAGAGAGAAAGACCCCGAGGGUGAGGACAUGCUGACCUUUGACCUCCACAGUUUGGCGACGCUAGCGGCCGCCCGUGCCCUGGAGAUGGGGGGAGGGGUUGCGGGUGUGGGGGCGGAACAGCAGUGUCCAAUCAGGAAGAGGCUCAACCUGCGCAGGAAGUGCAGCUGGACUCCUCGCCACGAGCCGGUGUGCCCAGUGAAGGGCUCCAUGGAGACGAUGGGAGGGGAGGAGCUGGCCAUGCGUGUCCAGCUGGCUGAGCUACAGCGUCGAUACAAAGAGAAACAGAGAGAACUGGCCAAGCUACAGAGGAAACACGACCACCAGAAAGAGGAGAAGUCUCGAAGCCCUGCCCGUCGGGGGCCCGGCCGCCCCCGCAAGCGCAAGUCCACCCCCGGUCCAGCUGCUGCAGAGAGCUCCAAAAGAUUCAGAGAGGGGCUGGAUUUACUGGAGGAAAAAGCCAGGAACAAUUAUUCCAAUCAUGGUUUCAACAGCAUCAGCAUUGCACAGAUGAAAGCUCGGCCCAGCGCCCUGAGCUCCAGGCUGGCCAGGCGGGUGACCCAGCUGAAACAGAAGGCUGUGGCCAGUCGCGGUGCACCGUCAGCAGACAUGCUGCACUGCAGACGGGCCCCUGGUGAGGAAGGGGCCUCCAACAGUCACUGCAGACAAGGAAGAAAAGACCUGCAGCUGGACUGGGCAACCGGUCAGACUGUGAAGAGGAAGAGGGGUCGAAAGCCCAAAGGGCUGAUGGCCGUCAACUCAAACAGAGCUCACCCCAAGGACAGCAGGACCUCUGAGAAACACGACGUUAGGGAAGAGAGGAGUGACAGCGAGAGCUCAGAGGGCGAGGAGGACGACGAGGAAGAGGAGGAGGAGGAGGAAGAGGAAGAGGAGGAGGAGGAAGAGGAAGAGGAAGAGGAAGAGGAGGAGGAAGAGGAGGAGGACUAUGACGAUGGCGGCGGCAGCGAAGAUGGAGCCGGUGACAUCAAGAUUAGCUCAUCCUCUAAAGAAGCUCCUGCAAACCCUGCUGGGAUUGUGCCUUUUUCAUCGCAGUCCUCGAUGCUCCAAGCAAACCAGAAAGCCAGGAGCAUAAGGAGCGUGUCCCGUGCAGAUCAGAGGAGAAUUCCCAGAAGGCCGUGCCUCGCCAACACAGAAAGGGGACAUCCGGUCCACCAAGGGACCAAAAGAGCAUCUCUGCCCAGCUGGGGUGUGUCGACAGUGGGCUGCAGCUUUGGGGACGGCCAGGGGAACCAAGGAUCUGUGACGGAAGUAAACAGGGCCAGCAAGGAAGCCGUGAGGAAGAGCUCAUCGGGACAGGGAAUUCUGGGAAAGGCCAAGGGCCAUGCAGUGAGCCGGCUCCUGCAGAGCUUUGCAGCCGACGAUGGCUUUCAUUUGGAUGAGGAAAGCAGCUUCUCUGAGGGCGAGGAGGAGGAGGAGGAGGAGGAGGGGCAAGAAGAGGAGGAGGAGGAGGAGGAGGGGGAAGAUGAAGGGGAAGAGGAGGAGGAAAUAAAGUUGAUCCACCUCCCUCCCAACAUGCCAUGCAGAAUCCCUGCGCUGCCAAACUGUGUGCUGAGUAAAGAGAUGUUGGUGGACGGCCUGAAGAUCUUGAUCUCCAAGGAGGACGAGCUGCUGUACGCUGCCUGUGUCCAAACUCUGGACCUGCCUGACAUAUUCAGUGUUGUCAUCGAAGGAGAACGAGGGAACCGCCCCCGGAUCUACUCGCUGGAGCAACUACUGCAGGAAGCUGUGUUAGACGUGCGGCCCCAGAGCGAGGCCAUCCUGACUGCAGGGACGCGAGUGUGUGCGUACUGGAGCGAGCGCUCUCGCUGUCUUUACCCCGGAUACGUCCAUCGAGGAGGUCCAGGUGAGGAAGAGAAGGAGGGCAGUGUGAUGGUGGAGUUUGAUGAUGGAGACAGGGGUAGGAUCUCCCUCGCAAACAUCAGGCUUCUGCCUCCAGGAUACCAAAUCUGCUGUGCGGAACCCUCUCCAGCUCUGCUGAUCUCACCUGGGCACCGCAGGAGACAAAGCUCCACCCAGGAGAGGAAAGACACGCCCACAGAGAAACCAUCCAAUGAGGAGGCUGCAGGGAGGCCCCAAGAGAAAAGACCAGUUGGCAGGCCGAAGAAAGUCCUCUCGGUGCCUCAGACGGCCAGCACACCAACAUCAGUAACAGACACUUUAACCAAAGGCCACACUUCCUUGUUGAACUGGUCAACUCCCAGGAAGAGGCCGCCUGUUGACUUCUUCCUCUUCAACGGGACGUCUCGGAAGACCCAGAGGAGGGUACAGGAGCAAGACUUGGGGCUUUUUCAUCGACCCACCUCCCACCUCCUCGCACCCCCGAUGCCUAUCAAGGGCAUCUUUGGCUCCCCUUUUGAAAGCGACUCAUUCAGCAGCAUUGCCAACAGCUACUCUACCUUCAGAAGUGGCGGAUGCUCUGGAGCGGGGCGACCGGUUGCCACAGUAACUUCCACAGGACUCAGGGACUCCUCGUCCGCUGUUUGCUCCUCAGCUGUCACCAUGGCAACGGUAGCUGGAAGCAAGAAGCCAGUGAGCGAACGCGACAGGAAACAGUUCCUGGUGAAGCUCGACCACGAAGGAGUAACCUCCCCUAAAACAAAAAAUGGCAAGGCCCUGCUUCGACUCGGUGGAAGUGGAGGAAAAGGAGACAAGAGUCUCUCCUCCGCUGGAGCCCCGCCGCCAUACACCCACCCUGCCCUGAUGGUGAAGGAUGGCAAGAAGGGAGCAGGGGAAAGAGAUGGCACUGGAACCCGUUUUGAACCUAUUGUAAAGGGUUCCCCACCUCUUAGAAAGGAUCGUCUGUCAGCAGGUCUUGGAGUCCAAGGUGGCGAUUACAGUCUGGACUACCCGAGUGACGGCCCCAGCUCUUACUCUGAGCUGGAUGAGGAUGAUGAGGAUGACGGUCAGGAUGCUGAAGCCCCUCGAAGUAGUGCGGCGGACCCUUCCCACCGUGGUAGCCGCUUUCUCUCCCGUCUUUCUGCCUGCUUCUCCUCCUCUUCCUCCUCCUCCUCCUCCUCCGCCUCCAUCUCCUCCUCGUCCCUCUGCUCGUCAGACAACGACUCCUCCUACUCCUCGGAUGAAGAGUCCUCCUCUGUCCUGCUGCGCCGCGCACUGCUCCAGCAGGACAAACACAAGCACAGGCAGAACAUGACCUCCGACCUCCUGAGCCCUGACCCCGCCAACUCCGGCUCCUCUCCUUCCGCGUCAGCCCCGGCACACGGCUAUGUGGCCAAAGACAGCAUGGCCGUCUCGGGGUCAAAGGUGAGGACUGACAGAACAGACGACAGGAAGGAGUUCACGUCGAAAGGAAGUAUGGCGGGUAACAGUAGCACAGCUAAGAAACAGCUGAAGAGGAAAGACAGAACUUCGAGCAGCCACCAUCAGAGGCAGAGCAGUCCUGUGAGCCAGCAGCCCAAAGCUGCAUCCAAGGACCCGGCAACAGCUAAGAGGCAACGGAUGUCCUCACCGGAGCCGCUGCCUAAUAUGGCUCCCCUUCUGCCUGGACGCCAGCUGUGGAAAUGGUCCGGCAACCCCACACAGAGGAGAGGUCUGAAGGGUAAAGCCCGCAAGCUUUUCUACAAGGCCAUCGUGAGGGGCAAGGAGACGGUGCGUGUCGGGGACUGUGCUGUGUUCCUGUCACCUGGCCGGCCCCAGCUGCCCUACGUGGGCAGAGUGGAGAGCCUCUGGGAGUCAUGGAGCUCCAGCAUGGUGGUCAGGGUCAAGUGGUUUUACCACCCGGAGGAGACUCGCCUGGGGAAGCGACACCGCGACGGCAAGAAUGCCCUGUACCAGUCGAGCCACGAGGACGAGAAUGACGUGCAGACAAUCUCCCAUCGCUGCCAGGUGGUCAGCAGGGCUGAGUACGAUCACCUGAAGCGUGAAUGUAAGGCCGGCGGCGCGGCAAACGACCUGUUCUACCUGGCCGGAAGCUACGAACCGACCACGGGCCAGCUGACCAACGCAGACGGCAUGGCCAUUGUAUCCUAAGCACCACCGGCGGAGGGUGAGGGAUCCAAAUAUUGAACCUGAACUCUGGAGAUGACUGCUUCCAGGACAGUCCGUCAGAACGGAGCUGGGGACAGAGGGAAACCAAGACAAAGAGUUUUGACUCUGCGUAUGGAUCUGUCCCUUGUAAGAGAAGGAGCUAGCCCACUGGAUAAAGCCCGACAGUACUGGCACUUAUAGGAGCCCAGUUUGUUCUGGGGGGAAAAGUCUGAUCCAUGUCGGAUUUAACCUCUUGGACUCUAGGCCUCUCGCUGCAACGAGAGUCGACAGCCUUCCUUUUGGCUGAAAUGACAGAGUUCCUCGUCACUGCGACAAGAUUACUGCAACAAAAGAGCAGGAACCAAGGACAUGAGCACUUUGGAGUACAGUCGCUUGGAUAUGCUAUGGAGGGAGUGUGUCAGACUUGGCUUUCUGAAACAAAGAGACUGAAUGGUAAGCAGAGACUUACUGUAAACCACACUGGUUUGGAGGGUUUCAAUGGUCUUAUACUGGUAGUUUGACUAUGACAACGUGAUUGGGAGAUCCCCAACAGGACCAAAAAACACUGUAGUGUGUGUGUGUGUGCGUGUGUAUGUGUGUAUGUGUGUGUGUGUGUGUGUGUGUGUUUGCAGAGUGGCUGCGAUGACCCUGUUUGGCAUUUAAUGAGCUCUAGGUAAAUAGUGCUUUAACGUGUGCGUGUGUUUGUACUGUACGUGCGGUCGUGCACGUCUUCACCCGCGCUCAUCGAGCAGGGAGGACAUCAUGACACAGCGUCGGUACGUCGGUAACACUCUGAAUAUGAAUCUUUCCCGUACUAAACGUGCAGUUUUCAGUCGCAACUGAAACACGAAACGAUCUCUCCUCCUGUCAAGCCAUACACGUCAAUACCUCGCUCUCGUAGCCUCGCAUUCGGGUGCGAAGACACAUGUACAGGUAGUUGGAUUGUUUAUUUGAAACGUGAGUGCGUGGGUAGUGUGCGUGCGUAUGUGGGCGUGUGUGGGCAUUUGUGCGUGUGUGUGUGUGUGUGUGCGUCUGUGUGCGCGCGCGCGUGUGCUUU